AUGGCCACCCGCCUUGGUAAAGGGAUAUGGGAGUUAAUCGGACUUAUUGAGACUUCCUCGUGUCCAAGAGCAAAAUUCCAUCCGGUUGCGCGGACAAUGCAUUCCAAGGCAAAAAAAAUUAUGAUAGACACCCUAGCCAUGGUUGAAAAACUAGAAGAGAAAGGAGUAUCCUCCAAAGAAGCUAAGGCAAUAACCAUGGUCAUAACCGAAUGUUUGAAUGACACUGUCGAAAUUAUGUCUCUGUCUACUGAGAAAAUACUACAAGACCAUCUGUCCAAGUUUAGAGCAGAGAUGCAGAACUCACUG